UGUAUUAUGGCUUUACAAAAUCAACAGCUGCUUUAAUUUAUUGCAUAAAAAACAAAAACAAGAUAAAUACAAUAAACAAUAACAAGUUUUAAAUUAAAUCAUAGACUUGUGCCAAAGUAACAAAGUACUAAAAAAAAAUUUAUUAAUAAAUUAACCUGAUAAAUAAAGAAUUAUUAUUAAUAAUGUCAAAGGAUAAAUGUGAAUUAUGUUGUAUUGAAUUUAAAAAUGAUUAUUCACUCCAAGGACAUUUACAAGGUAAAAAACAUUUAAAAAGAGCACAAUUUAUUGAAUCCAAAAAAGAUCUAGAAGAACGUUCAAUAUUUGUAUCAUCACUUCCAUCAACAUUAUCACAAAUUCAAAUUAUUGAUUUUUUUACAAAUUAUGGAAAAAUAUUACAUCAUAGAUUUGGCAAUAGACAUGUCAUAAUAGAAUUUGAAGACAAAUUAACUGCUGAUAAUUUAUUGAAGAAUCCAGUUAGUAUAAAUGGAUGGAAUUUUCAUAUAGAACCAAGAAUAAUAAAUGAUCGAAAUCCAAAUUUACAAAAAAUCAUUGAAAAAGAAUUGUUAAAUGAACAAAAAGAAGAUGAAGAAGCAAGUGCAUUAUUUAAUGUAAAAUGUCAAUUAAAUAAUGAAGCAUCAACAUUUGAUGAACAAUUAAAUAAAUUAUUGGAUUUAAUACAACCAGCAAAUGAUGAUUUAUCAUCACGUGCAGAAAUAGUAUCAAAAGAUAUUAUGAAUAUAUUAAAAUAUACAUUUUCUGAAGGUAAAGCAGUACCAUUUGGUUCAGCAAUAACUGGUCUUGCUUGUUUAACAAGUGAUAUUGAUAUUUAUUAUGAUAUUAAUAUGCCAAAAAAUGAUAAAAAUAAUGAUAUUAAAUAUGGUGGAAAAACUGCAUGGAGUCAAAAAGCAAUAUUUCAAGAAGUUAAAUGUUUGCUAUAUGAACAUCCAGAUGUUAUAUCAAAGAUACUACCAAUUCCAAUGGCUAAAACACCAGUUAUUAAAUUUAAUCAUAUAUCAACAAAUUCAAAUGUUGAUAUAAUAUUUAAAAAUUCAUUGGGAGUUUAUAAUACAAAUUUAAUUAAAUAUUGUUUGACUUUUGAUAAUAGAAUUAAACGAAUGAUUAUAUUUAUUAAAUAUUGGGCAAAAGAACUUAAACUUAUUGGCAAAGGAAGAAUGACAAAUUAUGCAAUAACAAUGAUGGUAUUUUUUUACCUUCAACAAGAUAAUAUUUCAUUAUUACCAUCAAUUGAAGAAUUACAAAAAAAUUGUGAGCCUAUUAUAUACAAAGGAUGGCUUGUUAGUUUUAAUGAAAACUAUCAAAAACAAAAUGAUGAAUGUAAUAAAACAGUAGCUAAUUUACUUGAUGGAUUUUUUAAUUUUUAUGCUGAUUUCGAUUAUGCUAAAAAUGUUAUUUGUCUUCAAAAAGGUAAAGCUGUUGAUAAAAAAAAUUUUAAAGAUUUAAAAUAUGAUUCUUUACGUUUAAAUAGUCCUGCUUGUCUUCAAGAUCCAAUUGAAUUAGAUUUUAAUCCAAUUGGUAAUUGGACACGUCAACAUCUUGAUGAUUUUGUAUCAUAUUGCAUUCAAGCAUCAGUUAUAUUUUCUGAUAAUAAUUUAGCUAAUAAAUUUGAUUAUUUAUUAUCUAGCUAUAGUUAUAAUUUGAAAAAUUAAUCACUUAUUAUCAAACUUGUAUUUAUUAAUUUCAUAAACAUUUAAAAUGUACCACCUCAUUAUUUUAUAACAAACAAAUAUUAAAGUUUGUAACUUAUCCAAAGGUCCAUCAGUUAAUAUAAAUAAAAAUCAAAAAUAUAAACAAUAAAC